AUGACAUCACAGCUCGACGUGGCGUCAGGUGUCUCAAUACCAGUUCAAUUCAGGACACCAACAACUAAACGCUAUGUCACUGCAACCUCUCACCCUCAGCUGUCGCGUCAGAAAGUGGUGAAAAUUGCCAAAAAGAGCGAGGGAGUGAAGUAUUUAACAACUUCAGUCAGGACAGUAAUUAAGAAAGGUUUGGAAUCCGGUAAAUCAAUAUCUCGCAACGAGAUUUAUCUGCGACUUAUACAACAGUUUGGAAAUGAUGGCAUUUUGGGACCGCCUAGCGAGUUUUGCAGUGUGAUGAAGCCUAACGGCGGAGGAAUAUCGCCUGCGCUAGCGCAGUGGGUUCGUAGGCGCCUCGAAGGUGCCAACUGGAGCAUUCGCAAAGCGAGUGUCCUCACAGAAGAUUCGCACCAAGCUGGACGGGUGUACAACACAGAGUUUGUGGUACGUACUGGAACGCAACGAGUUGGAUCUAAUGUGGCUUCAGAUGCCAAAAAGGGAUGCUCAGUGAUGGUUUCUGCAGAAAUAUACUCCUCGAAGGUCCUUCCUCCCUUUAUUGUGAUGACCGCGACUCACAAUGGCACCCUUGCUAGACGUUUUGCUACGUGGCGUGAUGAAGGAGGUGAUGCAAGCGUUCAUUUUCAACCUUCACACUGGAUGGACACGCCAACCGCAAAAAAGUACGCGGAUGUUUGGUUAAUCUUUAGUCUAUACCCGGGUCAAAACAUUAGUCUCAUUUGGGAUGCAGCUUCAGCUCACAUUUGUCAGGAAAUGAUUGACUACUUGAACGAGAAAGGUAUAAUGUAUGAGGUUAUUCGCGCUGGAUUAACUUCUAUCAUGCAAAUCUGCGAUCUCUACGUUAACCGACCUUUGAAAGCUGCUAUUAAAAAAAUCUUUAUGCGAUGGAAGGUUUCACAAACCAUCCCACCCGGUGGUAAGUACAAAGUUGAUAGAGUCCAAGUGAUUCAAUGGGUCGAAGAGGCCGUUUCAAUGGUAAAUGAAAAGCAGAACUCUGACAGGAAGAUUGAUAACCAGGCUUUUCAAGAACACAUAGGCCAUCUACAAGAAAACGAGCUCUACAACUCACUUCUGCUGAACCAGACAGCAGAAAAACCUUGUGUAAUGGAGAGAUUGGGCGAGUCUUAA